AUGGAAUCUGUUGUGGCAGCCGCACAUUCUGGUGGUCUGAAACCAGUAUUUCUCUGUCCUCUCCAUGAAGGAAUCUCAAAGCUCUUGUCUCAGUGGACCGGCCUUCAAAUGGCAGUUCGAAACGAGUGGGGUGGCCGCGAUUCCAUCAAGAAAUCGGAGCAACUGUCGUCUGAUAUCCUCUCCUGGUUCUCUCAAUCCAAAGAGGUGCUUUAUGUGGAAGAUUUAGAGAAUUUGCUAUAUGAGAGCUUGCUACUUUCAUUUAACACAGAGAUUGAGGAUGGAAGCAUCGAGGAGGUUGCAGAACAGUUGAUGAUAAUGCACGAUGAAUACUUACAAGGAGACCAUCAAUUCGUAAAUGAACUCUGCAUUGGAAGCUUAUCGCGCAUAUGACUAUGGUACUCACCUACAAGCGCACACCCAAAUUUUAAGUAAUCAUACUGGUCGUAAGGUUCGUUUGAGUAGCAAGUUUGUGGGCUU